CCGUACACAAGUCAUGUCUUCCAUUUCCGCUAAAAAGCCGCUUGCAAGCAGACGGAAAAUUUGUAUAACAAUUUCGCUCUCUUGAAAAUUCGUUUUAUUCGACAUCAUCCGCUAGUAAAACCUAGUAAUAAUAGUGAAAAAUGAAGUAAAAACAUACACAAAAAGCUAUCAAAUCAUGUUCUUAUAUAAUCUCACUCUUCAGCGUUCCACCACCAUCACACAUGCCGUCCACGGUAGUUUCUCUGGGACAAAGUCCCAGGAAAUACUCAUAUCACGAGGCAAAAGCUUGGAACUGCUACGACCCGAUCCAAAUACCGGCAAAGUGUACACACUGCUCACCACCGAAAUAUUUGGCGUCAUCCGAUCGUUGAUGUCAUUCCGAUUGUCGGGCGGAUCGAAAGAUUAUGCUGUCGUCGGUUCCGAUUCCGGUCGUAUUGUCAUAUUGGAAUAUAUUCCGGCAAAAAAUAUUCUGGAAAAAGUCCAUCAGGAAACGUUCGGCAAAUCCGGAUGUCGUCGCAUCGUGCCGGGUCAAUAUUUGGCCAUCGAUCCGAAGGGUCGUGCUGUUAUGAUUGGAGCGAUCGAAAAGCAGAAAUUGGUCUACAUUCUGAACAGAGACAACGAGGCUCGGUUGACCAUUUCGUCGCCACUGGAAGCUCACAAAUCCAGUACGUUGACUUAUCACAUGGUUGGCGUCGAUGUUGGCUUCGAGAAUCCAAUGUUUGCGUGCUUGGAGAUUGACUACGAGAAAGCCGAUGCAGAUCCUACAGGCGAAGCAGCUCAACGAACACAACAGACGUUAACGUUCUACGAACUCGAUCUGGGUCUGAAUCACGUCGUGCGCAAAUAUUUCGAACCAUUGGAAGAGCACGCCAAUUUUCUGAUCUCCGUACCUGGUGGAAAUGAUGGACCAUCCGGCGUGCUAAUUUGCUCCGAAAAUUAUCUGACCUACAAAAAUCUCGGCGAUCAGCACGACAUUCGUUGCCCGAUUCCUCGGCGACGUAACGAUCUGGACGAUCCCGAGCGUGGAAUGAUAUUCAUUGCGUCGGCUACGCAUCGCACCAAAUCGAUGUAUUUCUUUUUGGUGCAGACCGAACAGGGUGACAUAUUCAAGGUGACGCUGGAAACGGACGAUGAAGUGGUGUCGGAAAUCAAAUUAAAGUACUUCGAUACGGUUCCGCCAGCCACAGCAAUGUGUGUGAUGAAAACGGGUUUCCUGUUUGUCGCUUCGGAUUUCGGCAACCAUUACUUGUAUCAAAUCGCCCAUCUCGGUGAUGACGACGAUGAACCCGAGUUCAGUUCCGCUAUGCCAUUGGAAGAAGGCGAUACAUUUUUCUUCGCACCAAGAGCACUGAAAAAUUUGGUCAUGGUCGAUGAGCUACAUUCGUACGCGCCAAUUUUGGGAUCCCAUGUCGCCGAUUUGGCCAAUGAAGACACACCGCAAGUGUAUCUGUUAUGCGGUCGUGGACCCCGAUCAUCGGUACGUGUUUUGCGUCACGGUUUGGAAGUAUCCGAAAUGGCUGUCUCAGAAUUGCCCGGCAACCCCAAUGCUGUGUGGACAGUGAAGAAAAGAAUUGAUGAUUAAAUCUGGCUAAUAAAUUGUUGCGAUGACAAAAUGUAAAUCGGAUUUGAUAAAAAAUUGAACCCCGGGGGAGGCUAAGAUGAGUUCGACGCUUACAUUAUCGUAUCGUUCGUCAAUGCGACUUUAGUACUGAGUAUCGGCGACACGGUCGAAGAAGUGACGGAUAGUGGUUUCUUAGGCACAACACCGACACUAUGCUGUUCGUCAUUGGGAGACGAUGCUCUUGUUCAGGUCUAUCCGGAUGGUAUUCGUCAUAUCCGAGCUGACAAGCGUGUCAACGAAUGGAAGGCACCUGGGAAGAAGACGAUUACCAAAUGUGCUGUCAAUCAGCGUCAAGUUGUGGUUGCUUUAUCUGGCAGAGAAUUGGUUUAUUUCGAAAUGGAUCCGACGGGUCAACUGAACGAAUAUACCGAACGGAAAAAGAUGCCAUCAGAUGUGAUGUGUAUGGCAUUGGGAACCGUGCCAUCUGGCGAACAACGUUCAUGGUUCCUCGCCGUAGGAUUGUCUGACAACACCGUUCGAAUCAUAUCGUUGGAUCCAUCUGAUUGUUUGGCACCACGAUCGAUGCAAGCGUUACCGUCGUGUGCCGAAUCGUUGUGUUUGGUCGAGAUGGGUACGUCUGACAGCAAUGAAGAGGGAAAAACGCACAGCAUCGGUUCGUUGUAUUUGAACAUUGGUCUGAACAACGGUGUCCUGCUGCGAACAGUAUUAGAUCCAGUAUCCGGUGAUUUGGCUGACACACGAACGCGAUAUCUUGGCUCGCGACCGGUGAAACUGUUUCGAAUCAAAAUGCAAGGGGCAGAAGCAGUUUUGGCAAUGUCUAGUCGUACGUGGUUGAGUUACUAUUACCAAAAUCGAUUCCAUUUGACGCCAUUGUCCUAUGAAACAUUGGAAUAUGCGUCCGGAUUUUCGAGUGAACAGUGUGCCGAAGGUAUUGUUGCCAUCUCGACAAACACUCUGAGAAUUUUGGCACUGGAAAAAUUGGGCGCCGUAUUCAAUCAGAUUACAUUUCCGUUGGAAUACACUCCGAGACGUAUGUUGGUGCAUCAAGAUACGGCAAGGUUAAUCAUAGCUGAAACGGAUCACAACGCAUACACGGAAGAGACUAAGACAGUACGUAAGGCUCAAAUGGCUGAUGAAAUGCGAGAGGCUGCCGGUGAAGAUGAACAAGAAUUGGCCAAUGAAAUGGCUGACGCCUUUAUCAAUGAAAUUCUUCCCGAGGAUGUGUUUUCCGCUCCCAAAGCCGGCAAUGCAAUGUGGGCCAGUCACAUUCGAAUUAUGGAUCCAGUACACGGCCAUACACUGAACAAAUACAGAUUGGCUCAAAAUGACGCCAUUAUGUCGAUGGCUUUGCUGAAAUUUCACGCUGUAAUGGAUGGUCGCUGGUAUCUAGCGGUCGGUGUUGCCAAAGAUUUCCAUUUGAAUCCACGACAGAAUGGUGGUGGAGCAAUUGAUGUGUACAGAGUUGAUCCAACGUGUUCAAGUCUGGAAUUUAUUCAUCGAACUGAAAUGGAUGAGGUUCCCGGUGCAUUGUGUGGUUUCCAGGGACGAUUAAUUGCCGGCAUUGGUAGGAUUCUAAGAAUAUACGAUUUGGGAAAGAAGAAGCUGCUGCGAAAGUGCGAAAACAAACACAUUCCCAAUCAAAUUGUUAACAUACAAACGAUGGGCCAGCGCAUCUACGUAUCUGACGUGCAAGAAUCGGUAUUCUUCGUCCGAUACAAACGACCUGAAAAUCAAAUAAUAAUUUUCGCCGAUGACACACACCCACGAUGGAUCACCGCCACGACACUUCUGGACUACGAUACUAUUGCAACGGCCGACAAAUUCGGAAACGUUUCCAUUCUCCGAUUGCCGCAUUCCGUAACCGACGAUGUCGAUGAAGAUCCUACCGGCACAAAAUCACUGUGGGAUCGUGGUCUGCUCAGCGGUGCAUCCCAAAAGGCCGAAAACAUUGCAACUGUACACAUUGGCGAAAUUGUCAUGUCGCUGCAAAAGGCAACGUUGAUUCCGGGUGGUUCGGAAGCUUUGUUGUACACAACACUCAGUGGUGCAGUCGGUGCAUUGGUUCCGUUCUCAAGUCGCGAAGAUUAUGACUUCUUUCAGCAUCUGGAAAUGCAUAUGCGAAACGAGAAUCCACCGUUGUGUGGACGAGAUCACAUCAGUUACCGGAGUUAUUACUAUCCGAUUAAGAACGUAAUGGACGGUGAUCUAUGCGAACAAUUCACUUCGCUGGAUAUUGGCAAACAGAAAACAAUUGCCACCGAUCUGGGACGUACACCGAACGAAGUGGCCAAAAAGCUGGAAGACAUUCGUACCCGAUAUGCGUUCUAAUUUAUAAGAUGUGAUUUUUUCUUCUCCAAAACAACUGAACUUUGUACAUCCAACACAACCAGUAAUUUAAAAGGAAGUUCUGUGCGCGUCCACCGUUUAUAUGAUGUUGUGACGACAAGAGAUGACCCUGCGUUAAUAACAGGGGGUGAUUAAUAAUAUCUCUGCCAACAACAACUAGACCACAAUUACCGGUAAUGUUUUUUUUUAUUAUUUAAAUAAUGGUGUUUCACUCUUGACUUAAGAACUUACAAUGUAAAACAAAAAAACUUUUUUUGUCAAUAAAAUUCACAAAACUUUUUCUAAGAACAAAGAAAA